UUUUCGAACCAUUAUUACAUAUCAUGGAGAUAGCAUGGGAUAUACAUGCUCCAAGUUAUAUUACAACUUUAAUUUUGAGAAAAAUCUAACUCAUCAUCACACAUGAGAAACCAAAAAGAGAGAAAACUCAUGAGGUUCAUGAAGGCACCCUUCAGGUUGCUAAUCAAGGCAAGGGACAUGUACGUACAAGGCAUGACCGAUUGCUCCGCCAGCAGCCACUUCGCCUAUGUGGACGCCGCCAUGGGGUGCCCUACCGGCCAGCUCUGCCCUCUCCCUAGAAGCUUCAGUGUUACUUCAUCGGCCCGGUCGAGCGCCAGUGAUGACCACGAUCUCAUCAUGGCUGCUGCUUCCCUUAGGAGACAGGAACGCAGCGGUAAUGGCAAUAGGAAUGAACACCGUGAUGUUGGGCGUUUAGGGGCCAGGAAAGUGCAUCGCCGUUGUAGCAUGACGAUUGGACGGAUUGAUGAGGACGAGGCGUGUGACUUUUCCGGAGAAGAUUUGGAGGUCAAGCAGCAUGUCUUUCCCCGAAGCACAAGUUACGCUGCUUGGAGAGGAAGGGCCGUAGGGAUCUUCUAAAGUUCUAAUGAACAACAUAAAUGUAAGGGCAAAAAGUGGAAAUUUGGGUACUCUCAAUUGAUAAAAAG